AUGGGAUUCAGCACGGCGGCCGAAUUUGACCAGGCCUACACCACGGUGCAAGAGACAUUCGCAUCGGGUGUCACAAAGAACAAAGAAUGGCGGCGCCAGCAGCUCAAGCGCACUUGGUGGAUGGUCGAGGAUAACAAGGAACGUAUCUGCGCCGCCCUCUAUACCGAUCUCCACCGACACAGCUAUGAAACAGGUCUCUCGGACAUUGGGAUGUUGCAGCAUGACAUCCUGCGCACGCUCGACAAGCUAGAUGAAUGGACCAAGGAUGAGAAGCCCACUCGUUGGGACAUGGUGAACUUCAUGGGAGGCACACGAGUGCGCAAAGAGCCCAAGGGCGUGGCACUCAUCAUCGGCGCCUGGAACUUCCCGAUUCUCCUUCUGCUUCAACCCAUGGUCGCCGCUAUCGCAGCCGGCUGCGCAAUGAUUCUGAAGCCAUCUGAUAUGGCACAGUCUGCACAGGAUCUUCUGAUGGAGAUCAUCCCGCAGUAUCUCGAUCAAAGUGCGAUUCGCUGCGUCAGCGCUGGGCCGCAGGAGAUGUCGCAUAUCCUGGAACAACGCUACGAUCAUAUAUUUUACACUGGAUCGGGAAAUAUUGGCAAGAUCGUGCAUGCGGCCGCUGCUAAGCACUUGACUCCCGUAACACUUGAGCUGGGAGGUCAAGCCCCGGCUAUUGUUACUGCGCAGGCCAAUGUAGACUUGUCUGGCAAGCAUAUCGCUGCCACCAAAUUCACCAAUGCCGGCCAGAUCUGCCUGAACGUCAACCACGUCGUCGUAGAUCCUACCGUCCGCGAAGCUCUCGUGAACAGCAUGAUCAACCACUUCGACACCUUCAUGGGCGGCCGCGACACCAAACCCGAAUACUACACACACAUCAUCAACGAGCGCAACUUCGACCGACUAGACCGGCUACUAACCUCGACAUCCGGCAAAAUUGUCUACGGCGGCCAACGCGACCGCACAACCCGUUUCUUCGCACCCACCAUCGUCACAGGCGUGAAACCAGGCGACUCCCUCCUCUCCGAAGAACUAUUCGGUCCUAUCCUACCAGUCAUGGACGCAGACCUCGACUUCGCCCUCACAUACACCCGCGCCGGCGACAGACCCCUCGGCAUCUACGCCUUCACCGACAACAAAGCUGAGAAAACCCGCAUACUGGACGAGACCCAGUCCGGCGGCGUGACGUUCAAUGAUUGUACGUUGCACGUUGUCGCGCGCGAUGCGCCGUUCGGCGGCACCGGUCCCUCCGGUCAGGGCUAUUACCACGGUCCGUACGGUGUGCGUGAGUUUUCGCAUCUGCGUACGUAUGUGGAUGCCAUGCCGGCGUGGAUGGAGUGGCUCAUGGACGCGCGAUACCCGCCGUAUUCGGUCGAGAAGCUGAAGAAGCUUGCGCCGGCUGUGAAGCCGCCGUUUGAUCGGGAGGGAAGAGCUGUUUCGCGUGGUCUGACCGGGUGGGUUUUUGGUCUUGGGGCGUUGGUGUUGUCGGUGGCGGUUGUGAUGCCGCGGCAGCAGGUUCAGACGCUUAUUGCGCGGUUUGUGAGUCGAGGUUGA